AUUUUGCUGGAGGAGCUUGCCAAUAGUGAUCCCAAGUUAGCCCUCACUGGUGUCCCUAUAGUGCAGUGGCCAAAAAGGGAUAAGCUUAAAUUCCCCACCCGUCCAAAGGUGCGGGUUCCCACCAUCCCCAUUACAAAACCUCAUACCAUGAAGCCAGCUCCACGGUUAACACCAGUGAGGCCUGCAGCUGCCUCUCCCAUUGUGUCAGGAGCCAGACGGAGAAGAGUGCGUUGUCGGAAAUGCAAAGCCUGUGUGCAAGGAGAGUGUGGUGUUUGCCACUACUGCAGGGACAUGAAGAAGUUCGGGGGCCCUGGACGCAUGAAGCAGUCCUGUGUCCUUCGACAGUGCUUGGCACCCAGACUGCCUCACUCAGUCACAUGUUCCCUCUGUGGAGAGGUAGAUCAAAAUGAAGAGACACAGGACUUUGAGAAGAAACUCAUGGAAUGCUGUAUCUGCAAUGAGAUCGUUCAUCCUGGCUGCCUGCAGAUGGAUGGAGAAGGGUUGCUUAACGAGGAAUUGCCAAAUUGCUGGGAAUGUCCAAAGUGUUACCAGGAGGACAGCUCAGAGAAAGCCCAGAAGCGGAAAAUGGAAGAGAGCGAUGAGGAAACUGUGCAAGCCAAAGUCCUGAGGCCCCUGCGGAGCUGCGAGGAGCCCCUCACGCCCCCACCUCACUCACCCACUUCCAUGCUGCAGCUCAUCCACGAUCCGGUCUCCCCCCGGGGUAUGGUGACUCGGUCAUCCCCUGGGGCUGGCCCCAGCGACCACCACAGUGCCAGCCGCGAUGAGCGCUUCAAACGGCGGCAGUUGCUGCGGCUACAGGCCACAGAGCGCACCAUGGUACGGGAAAAGGAGAACAAUCCCAGCGGCAAAAAGGAGCUGUCUGAAGUUGAGAAAGCCAAGAUCCGGGGAUCGUACCUCACUGUCACGCUACAGAGGCCCACCAAAGAGCUCCACGGGACAUCCAUUGUGCCCAAGCUGCAGGCCAUCACGGCCUCCUCUGCCAACCUUCGCCAUUCCCCCCGUGUGCUAGUGCAGCACUGCCCAGCCCGAACCCCCCAGCGUGGGGAUGAGGAGGGACUGGGGGGAGAGGAGGAGGAAGAGGAGGAGGAGGAGGAGGAGGAAGAUGACAGUGCAGAGGAGGGGGGUGCGGCCAGACUGAAUGGCCGGGGCAGUUGGGCUCAGGAUGGAGACGAAAGCUGGAUGCAGCGGGAGGUCUGGAUGUCUGUCUUCCGCUACCUCAGCCGCAGAGAACUUUGUGAAUGUAUGCGAGUGUGCAAGACGUGGUAUAAAUGGUGCUGCGACAAGAGACUUUGGACAAAAAUUGACUUGAGUAGGUGUAAGGCCAUUGUACCCCAGGCUCUCAGUGGCAUCAUCAAGAGGCAGCCAGUUAGCCUCGACCUCAGUUGGACCAACAUCUCCAAAAAGCAACUGACAUGGCUGGUCAAUAGGCUUCCAGGACUAAAAGACCUCCUCCUAGCAGGCUGCUCCUGGUCUGCUGUCUCUGCCCUCAGCACCUCCAGCUGCCCCCUUCUCAGGACCCUUGAUCUUCGGUGGGCAGUAGGGAUCAAGGACCCUCAAAUUCGGGACUUGCUGACUCCACCAGCCGAUAAACCAGGUCAGGACAAUCGCAGCAAGCUCCGGAACAUGACUGACUUCCGGCUGGCAGGCCUUGACAUCACGGAUGCCACGCUUCGGCUCAUCAUCCGCCAUAUGCCCCUCCUGUCUCGGCUGGACCUCAGUCACUGCAGCCACCUUACUGACCAGUCCUCCAACCUACUCACCGCUGUCGGGUCUUCCACUCGUUACUCCCUCACAGAGCUCAAUAUGGCAGGUUGCAAUAAAUUAACAGACCAGACCCUGAUCUACCUACGGCGCAUUGCCAAUGUCACCUUGAUCGACCUUCGAGGAUGCAAGCAGAUAACUCGAAAAGCCUGUGAGCACUUCAUCUCAGACUUGUCUAUCAACAGCCUGUACUGCCUGUCUGAUGAGAAGCUGAUACAGAAGAUCAGCUAAGACACACCCAGCCUGAACUCAUCAGGAAACUGAUCUUCCCCAGCCUUCCUACCGAGGAGAGCCUUUCCCUGCUCCAAGGCCAGCGUCAUACUCCCUCUCUGCUCUCCUGCCUCUGAGCCCUUCUCCCACAGGUGGGGCAGAGAGGGUGAUGGACACCAGGCUUACCCGCCUGCUUCUCUCCCUCCCAAGGAAAAGAGAGCAGCAGUGGAUCCAAGGGAAAGCACAGGCUGUGCUGUCGCGGUGCCCGCCCACUUGCUCACAUGCCAGGAGGCUGGGCUCUCAGUUUGAGGGCUUGUGCAGCCUUCACCUGCACUGGGCCCAGGGCCCCUCCUGUCCACUUGUGGUCCCCAGCAGUGCCUGGUUCUGAGCAAACUCCAGGGAAGAAAGUGGCCCUGCCUCGGUGGCCAUGUUCUCCUCACGGUGUCCAGUCCGUGUCUCCCUGUCAUACUCUCCCGGCUUUUGCAGGAGGGGCCUGUAGCCCCAGGACACCAAGCCUGGCAGGUCCCACUGGUGCUGUCAAGAUGUCCGAAGCCUCACACCCAACAUCUGCGCUCACUCUCAUUUCCUGUCCUCGAGCUUGAUGCUGUUCACUGCUCGUGCUCAUUCACAUAAUGCAGCUCCCACCUUCCUACCUGCCCCUCCCAACUUUCCCACCAGUCUCUGUGAGGUCCUUGUUGCACUUACUGGGGUUAAAGCUCUUUAGAGGAGCUAGAACUGAACCCCCAGGGACACACCAAUAUCAUUGCUACCCAGGCAGAUCCUGAGAAGGCACCAUCUCUUAUCCCCAUUGUCUUUGCCUCCCACUAAUUGCCCUUUUCCAUAUGUCCUGAAUAGGGCUUUCCCAGGAUGCAUGUUCUCAGAGGGAGCAGCCUGUUUCCCCCAGGUGAGGGUAGCAGAGGACUGGCUGAGUCCCCCCACCUGCCUCUAGGCCAGGCUCUUCCAGCCUCUGGUUUAGUGUAGCCCCCCUGAGUCCAGGCCUGUGUAUCGUCCCAGUGGCUCACUGACCUGGUGCCUUUUGAGGGGAGGGGGGGGUUCUGCUUGAAAGCCAGUUACCUGCCCUCUGCCCGCAGCUGUGGAAGGGGGUGUGCAUGUGCCUCUGUGUGUGUGGCUGAGUGUGCUACGUGUGUGUGUGCGCACGCGCGCGCGUGCAGGGAGGAAAGAAGGGAGCAUGGUGUCUCCCAUUCUACCGCCCGUUGGCAAGCCCCAUCAGCUGCCCCUUUUUACUUUGCAUUGAACGGCCUGUCCAAAGACCCUCUCUCUAGGGCAGCAGAGAGCUUUUUGCACUUUAAAAA